CAUCAAAGUGCUGGUGAUUGUGAGCUCUGGCAGGAGAGCAAUCUCUGUAAGCGGCUGCUUUGCCCAGUGCUGUUUCUGUUUUGCCCGGGUUGUACGGAGUCGAUCCUCCUUGUGCUCAUGUCCUUUGACCGUUACCUUCCCAUCUGCCAGCCCUUGCGCUGCGCUGCCAUCAUGGCGCAGCAGCUCUGCAUCCUCCUGCUUGUUGCUGCUUGGGUCUCAGGCUUCACAUUCAUGAGUUCCCACCUGGGACUGCUCUCAAAGCUCACUUUCUGUGCUUCAAACAAGAUCCAGCACUUUUCUUGUGACAACUCCCCCUUAUUCCAGCUGUCCUGCUCUGACACCAGCUUGCUGUGGAGAACAGACUCCGUUUUGACCCUGUUUACUGUGCUGGGCUCAUUGUGUUUAACUCUGUCAUCUUACGUCUGCAUCUUUUUCUGCAUUCUACACGUGCCUUCCGGGAGGAAGAAAGAUUUUGCUACUUGUUCUUCCCAUCUCAUCGCCUCGGCCAUUGCAUUUGGAAGCUGCCUUGUGCUCUGUUCACAGCCCUCAGAACAUGCUUCUUUGGAGACCAGCAAAACUGUGGCUUUACUGAGCACUGUCCUGUACCCAUUCUUCAACCCUUUCACCUCCAGCCUUAGAAACAAGCUUGUGGCACUGGUCCUGAAGGAUGCCACUGCCCAUGCAAGAGUGCAGCUUUUCCCUCACUCGUGAUGCAUUUCUGGACAGCCAUGUGAAUUAUCUGCUAUUGUAUCUCAUGCUGCCUGGGG